AUGGAAGUGGGCUGUGGAGAAGUGAAAAAGCCAGGCGUGUCACAAGCUUUGCUCAACGAAGAUAAGAUGCGCGUGCUGGAAGUCAUGAAGCGUCAAUUGCAUCUACGACUCUUCCAUGCCAAAAAGGGGACAUAUUUGUUUUACAAAGGCACAACCGUUAUCUUGUUGAAAAUGCAAAUUGAUCUGGAAAACGGUGAGUACAUGUACCAUGAGGAACAUCAUUCCUCAUGUGAAGGGAUAUUCCAGGGAUACCCUUCAAUAUUCCCACGACAUACUGACAAGGGCCAAAUGUCCAAGUCGCUCGCAAAAGAAGAGGAUAAGGAUUGUCAAGGCAUUUGGGACCAAUAUGAGUUUCAUGUUCGCCCCACGGUCUCUCAUUUUGAGCCUAUUUAUCAUAAUUAA